AUGUGGAAGCUUAAAAAAAAAACCACUAAAUCCGUAUAUAUUUAUGCAAUCGUAACAACAUUAGUCCUUGUAUCAUUAUAUAUAAUAUCAAUUUUUGAUAUAACACCUAGUCAUUUAUCUUAUGACUAUACGUUAUCAUCGUCAGCUAAACCAAAAAUUCAUGAAAAGAGUGAAUGGUUAACUAAUUUUGUUGAUCCUUUAAUUGGUAUUCGAGAUGGGAAUGUGUUUCCUGGUCCUUGUUUACCAUUUGGUGUAGUAAAAGUUGGAAUUGACACUCGUGAUGCUGGGUUAUCUUAUGAAGUUGGUUACGCCAGGAUAGGAUUAAAGCGUUAUGAUGUUGUUGUUGAGUUAACAGCAAGUAGGAGGACAGGAUUGCAUAGAUAUAUUUUUCCACCAUUAAUUAAUGAAUCUCAUAUAAUGAUUGAUUUAUCUCACAUAAAUACUCAUGGUAGAUAUGUUUCUGGUGCAAUCUCUGUAACUUCAAAUGAGAUGAAAGGUUUUGGUCGUUACAAAGAUUGGAGGUUCGGUCCCGAAUAUUCCGUGUAUUUUUGCUCUCAAUUUGACAAAAAUGCUUCAGAAUAUUAUACAUUUUGGAAUGGAGUAAUCAAAUCAAAUUCUAGUUUUGAAUCUGGUGGACUCUAUUCUAUUGGUGCUAUUAUGGCAUUUGAUACUACAAAGGGAUCUAUAAUUAAAUCUCGAGUUGGUAUAUCAUUUAUUUCUACGGAUCAAGCAUGUAAAAGUGCACAAGAGGAAAUACCGAACUGGGAUUUUGAUUUAACAAGAGAAAAGGCUGUUGAAGCUUGGGAAGUAGAGCUUGAAAAAAUUCAAGUCACCGGUGGAACUGACGACUUGAAAAAGAUAUUUUAUUCGAAUUUAUACAGAACGAUGAUUAUUCCAAGUGAUCGUACGGGAGAAAACCCAAAUUGGAUAUCUUUUGAUAAAAAUGGUAGAAUUAUACCAACCUACGACGAUUUUUUCACAAUAGUAAAUUUCACUUCGGAUAAGAUGCCUCGAAGCACCUUCAGAACUACAAUCCCAUUAUUCACGUUGUUCCAACAACAACGAGUUAUCGAUAUUACACGUUCGCUUAUUGACAUAUAUCGUUACACGGGAUAUAUGCCUGACGGGCGCUGUGGUAUGGCCAACGGAAUUACGCAAGGUGGCACUAAUUCUGAUAUGAUUUUGGCUGAAAUAUUUUUAAAGGAAAUCGGCAAGAAUAUUAUUGAUUGGGAAGCUGGAUAUAAAGCUUUACUGAAAGACGCUAAGGCAGAUCCAUAUUGGUAUGGUCAAGCUGAAGGAAGAAUGAACCUUAGGCAUUAUCUUUAUUAUGGGUACAUACCUUCUACUAGUUUUGCUGACUCAUGUAGUAGAACGUUAGAAUAUUCUACAAAUGAUUAUGCAAUAUCGUUAGUUGCUAAAGGUUUAGGUAAAACUGAGGAUCACAUUAAAUAUAAAACUCGUGCAAAUAGUUGGCAGAACUUAUGGUGUCCCGAUAAAACUGAAAAUGGUAUCACUGGAUUUAUUAUACCUAAACGUACUGACGGGAAAUUCGACACUUCUACAAAUGUGCUUCAUGAAGGAUUUUCAUUUCUUAAAGGAUCACCAUGGGAAUAUAGUUUAGACAUUCCACAUGAUGUGAAUAAAUUAAUACAAUUGUCCGGUGGUAUUGCAAAUUUUGAAAAGAGACUUGACUUAACGUUCUCUAACUCAACUUAUGAGACACCAUUAUUCAAAUUUAGAAACGUACACAGUUUUUUUCACCCUUGUUUGUAUCAUUUUAUUAAUAAGCAAUGGAAAAGUGUAAGUGUUAUCAGAGAUAUAUUGGAAAAGAAGUUUAAAAUAGACAGUCUUCCUGACGAUGCUUCCGACGCAUUGAGUAGUUGGUUCAUUUUCCAUGCCAUAGGGAUUUAUCCAAUAGCAGGUCGAGACAUAUACUUAAUAAACUCUCCACAAUUUUCAAGCAUAUCAAUCCAAAUGUCACCAACUACCCAAUUUAUAAUAAAAGCUCCAAAUUUAACACCCAGAAAUAUAUAUAUUCGAAGUGUAAAACUUAAUGAUAAAGAUUGGAAGAUGAGUUGGUUUAGACAUAAAGAUAUUGAAAAUGGUGGAGUCCUUGAAUUGGAAAUGGGAAAUGAGCCAAGUAAGAAAUGGCCCGCUGGUGAUAGUGAAGACGAGAAAUUUGUAUCUCCAGCUAGUUCUGAUGAUUUUUGA